AAAAAAAAUGAGGAUUUAGAGUUACCUCUAUUCAGUUUCGCGACAAUAGCUGCUGCAACAGACAACUUCUCCGAGGAAAGCAUGAUCGGAGAAGGAGGUUUUGGCCCUGUUUACAAGGGAAAAUUAUCAGCGGGCGAAGAAAUAGCAGUCAAGAGGCUGUCAGGAACGUCAAGACAAGGUCUCGAAGAGUUCAAGAACGAGGUUAUUCUGUUUGCUAAACUACAGCAUACCAACCUAGUCAGACUUUUGGGAUGUUGCAUUAAAGGAGAUGAAAGGAUGCUGAUCUACGAGUACCUGCAGAAUAGAAGCCUCGAUUAUCUCCUUUUCGAUCAUAGCAGGAAAACAGAGCUCACAUGGCCUAAUCGGUACAACAUUAUUCUGGGAAUCGCACGGGGACUACUCUAUCUCCACCAGGAUUCCAGAUUGAAGAUAAUCCACAGAGAUCUCAAAACAAGCAAUGUUUUACUAGACGAAAAUCUGAAUUCGAAGAUUUCAGAUUUUGGCCUAGCAAGGACUUUUAGAAGUGACCAAUUUAUGGCCAGAACUAGAAGAGUUGUCGGGACAUAUGGCUACAUGGCACCAGAAUAUGCAAUUGACGGGAAAUUUUCGGUGAAGUCAGACGUCUAUAGCUUUGGAGUCAUGAUACUGGAGAUAGUUGGGGGGAAAAAGAACAGAGGAUUUAAUCAUCACGACCAUGAUCAUAGUCUUUUGGGACAUGCAUGGUUGCUGUGGAAAGAUUGCAAAGUUCUAGAACUGAUGGAUGAAAGUUUGAUUGAUACCUUUGUCGAACCUCAAGUGAAGCGAUGCAUACAAGUGGGCUUACUUUGCGUCCAGAAGCUCGCGGAAGACAGACCAGCCAUGUCGUCCGUGGUCUUCAUGUUAGGAUGCGAGGAAGCAGCUAUUCCCAACCCCAAUGAACCUGGUUUUUUCACAGAAAGGAGUUCCAAUGACGUUGAAAACCAAAUAUCAAGCAGAAAUGAAUCAGUCAGAGCAACAAUAACAAUUAGCCAAUUGGAAGGCAGAUAG